GCGUGGCAGCACCGUCGCGUAAACAAACAACGAGAGCUCUGAAAAAUCGUAGCAAAAACAAACGUGUUGUUCUUUUUUCCGCUCGAUUCGACUUGAAAUUUGAUUCAGGAUUUCAAGGGUUUGGGCCUGAUGUCGGUGGACGUGCAGGAGGGCGGCGUCGGCGGCGUCGACAGGGUGCAGUGCCGACUGUGCGGCGAGGCCGAGCGGCCGCGCUUCCUCUUCGACAUCUUCGGCCGCGACGGCGCCAAACACAACCUGGACCUGAAGAUCCGCAAGUGCCUGCCCAUCGUGGUGGAGGAGGAGGACGGCAUGCCGCGCAUGGUGUGCGUCGACUGCAUCAACCGGCUGGACAUGGUGGCCGUGUUCGUCGAGAGCUGCAUGCGGGCGCACCACACGUUCCUCAACGCCCUCACCAACGACCCCCGCAGACGCGCCGCGGCCCCCCCGCCGCCCCCCGACCAAGACCACGAGGAGGUCGUCAUCAAGGUCGAGCCGCACGUCGACGACGAAAUCGACCUGGACCUGCUGCCCCAGGUGCUCCGCCGCCACGACCCUGACCUUGCAAUCGAUGACCCGCCCUCGGACGACCCGGCCACCGUCUUCAUCAAAUCUGAGCCUGUCGAAGUGAACGAGGAGGACUGACGAUGAAGCCAAACAAAAGACUCUGCAUGCGCCAGGUUGCACCCUGAGCUGGACCAGAAAGUGCGAUUUAGUUAAGUUGAAAACUCAAUAUAAUGUUCAGUUCGACCGUUGUUCCGCUGAAAAUGUAAAUAAUUCCAAAAUUUUCAAUUAUCAUUUUUAACAGUAAAAUAAAAUUUAAUUCAAUUAUAAUGAAAGAUUUUUUUAUCAAUUUUUAAAAGAUCUACGUCAAAUUUUAAAUGAAAAUAUCGUAAUUUGGAAUGGUAUUUUAUUAUUUAAGGCAUGAGAAAGUAUGUAAAUAGAUAAAUGGGCCAUGCAAAGCA